AUGGCCGAAAAGACAAAAUCUAGAGGUCCUCUUGGAAGAGUUGUCGUCAUUGGCGGCAAUGGCUUUCUAGGCCAUCACAUCGUCAACCAGGCCCUUGAGCAAUGGACGACCACUGCCACGAUCGGCGUCGACCUACGAUGCGAACGCAAUCGCAAUCCCAAGGCCGAGUACCGAGAAUGCGACAUCACCGACCCCGAGAGGCUUCUCUCUCUAUUCGAGGAGCUCAAGCCCGACGUUGUCAUCCACACAGCUUCUCCUGUCGCUGUCAACCCCAAUAUCGGUCAUGAUGUGUUCAAGAAGGUCAACGUCGACGGUACACAGGCUGUUGUCGAUGCCUGCCAAAAGACGGGCGUCAAGGUUCUUGUGUACACAAGCUCUGCCAGCGUCAUCAGCGACAACGUUACUGAUCUGCUCAACGCUGACGAGAGGUGGCCUUUGAUUCGUGGGGAGGCGCAGACUGAGUAUUAUUCAGAGACCAAGGCACAAGCAGAGGAGAUCGUUCUCAAGGCCAACCGCCAGGAGGGCUGCAAGCUUCUCACGACUUCCAUCCGUCCCGCCGGUAUCUUUGGCGAAGGCGACGUCCAGACUCUCGCAGGCAUUCUCAACGCCUACAAGCGCGGCAAGCACACGAUCCAAGUCGGCGCCAACGAGAACCUCUUCGACUUCACCUAUGUCGGCAACGUCGCCCAUGCCCACCUCCUCGCUGCACAGCUCCUACUCGCCACCGCUGCCUCUCCCACUAUCCCCCUUGACCACGAGCGUGUCGACGGCGAGGCUUUCUUCAUCACAAACGACACACCUGUGUACUUCUGGGACUUUGCCCGUGCUAUCUGGCGUGCCGCCGGCUAUGAUAAGGGUACGGAAGGCAAUUGGGGUCUCAACCGUGAGGUCGGCAUCGCCAUCGGCUAUGUCAGUGAGGUUCUCGCCAACAUUCUCGGAAAGACACCCACACUCACUCGCAAGUCUAUCAUUAUGAGCUGCAUGACCCGCUACUACAACAUCAACAAGGCCAAACGUGCUCUGCGCUACCAGCCUGUCUGGUCUCUGAAGGAGGGCAUCGAUCGUGGCGUGAACUGGUUCCUCGAGCAGGACAAGGCGGCUGCUGCCGCUGCCGCUGCCAAGGCGUAA